AUGAGUUUCCUGUUUGUAAUUAUUAUAACACUUGCAUCGACAGUCAUUUUUAAAAUAUAUCUGAAACUUUCAAGCGGUUGGUGUCGAAGCCAAAAAUGUUUAAUCGGAAAAACCGCCGUUGUUACAGGAGCUAACACUGGUAUUGGGUUCGAAACAGCUCUCGACUUUGCCAAAAGGGGCGCCAAAGUGAUUUUGGCUUGCAGAAACUACGCUAAAGCGGCAGAAGCGCGUCGACUCAUCAUAGAAAAAACCGACAACACAAAUAUUCACAUCAAGCUAAUCGAUUUUAGUUCGUUUGCAUCGGUCAGAUCCUUUGCUAAAGAUAUUAAUAAAAAUGAAGAUAGGUUGGACAUCUUAGUUAAUAACGCCGGAGUGAUGCACAUAGGCCAAGAAAAAUCAAAGGAUGGUUACUACAUGAGCAUGCAAGUUAACUAUUUUUCGAUGUUCCUUCUUACAAAUCUGCUAUUAGAUUUGCUGAAAAAAACUGAUUCUAGCCGAAUUAUUAACGUUUCGUCUUUUCUGGCAAAGAUUGCCUUCGGGGCUAAUUUAAAAAAUAUAUGUAAACAUAUGGGAAAUUUCAAUAUGUAUUGCCGCACGAAACUCUACAUUAUAUUGUUUACGAAGGAACUGGCUAGACGAUUAAAAGACACCAACGUUACAACGUACUCUCUACAUCCAGGUGCUGUCCAGACCAACAUUUACAGACAUAUGGGGAAAGCGACUGCGCUUUGGUUAUCGUGUUAUCCAGUUAAAAAUUGGUUAGCUAAGACGUCGGAAGAAGGUGCUCAAACCACUAUCUACUGCUCUGUUGAAAAAAAUAUCGAAAUGUAUAGCGGACGACACUUUGAAGAUUGUCGAGCUGUUGAUGAUUAUUAUUAUACAGCCAAAUUUUCAAAAUUUCAAGAAAAACUGUGGGAAACAACGCAAGAAUUAGUUGGAUUAAACGAAGAGCUGAAAUAA